UAUGGGGCUUUAAAGAGAAGAUGCAAAUCAGAGCCUCACACAGGCCUGAUACUUUUACCAGUCACCGAGAGGAAGGACCCUUCCAAACUAAUGUUUGAUGGUGUUCGCAAACCAGUCUCAGCACAGCAGUUGCUUGAUUGUGGGGUCCUGGACAAAUCAACGUUUGACCAACUACUGAAGGGAAAGAAAACAGUCCCAGAAGUCUCUGUGGAUAAGAAAGUCUUUCUAAAAGGGACUGGAUCCAUUGCUGGUGUGGCAGUUGGGCCUUCAAGGAAAAUGUCCUUUACAGAGGCAAAGAAAAUGAAAAUUCUGUCAUCUGAUAGUGCUGACAUGCUACUGGAAGCUCAGGCUGCCACAGGUCACAUCAUUGACCCCAGAACUAACCAGAAACUAACAGUCAAAGAAGCAUGUGCCAGAGGAGUAGUGGAUAAAGAGGAUGAAUCAAAAUUGUUUGCAGCGGAAGCUGCUGCUAUAGGCUACAAAGACCUUACUACUGGCAAACUUCUGUCAGCUGGCCAGGCCAUGAAGAAGGGAUUAAUUGACAAGGACACAGCUCUGCGUGUGCUUCAAGCUCAAGAGUCUGUAGGGGGUAUAUUGGACCCUGACCUCAGUAUAUUCCUACCCAAAAACAUUGCACUAAAUAGGAAUCUCAUAGAUCAGGAUCUAUACCAUGCCUUGAGUCAGGGUCCUGACUGUUAUCUGGACCCAGACACCAAGCAAGGAACUCCUUAUGUAUCCCUGAAGAAAAAAUGUAAAGCUGAUCCAAGCACAGGUCUUUUGCUUCUCCCUGAACCUAAAAAGCCAGCAACUGUCCAGGGGCUUAGGGGCCAGGUGUCUGUUGUGGAUCUAGUGGAUGCAAACUUGCUGCAGCGGUCUGAUAUUGACAAGUUGAAUCAAGGUAGAUUGACUAGCCAAGAGGUUGAAGAGCGUCUACGCUCCUAUCUGAGAGGUUCCACCUGCAUAGCAGGAGUUUAUGAUCAGGCCAGUGAUAAAGUACUGACAAUUUAUCAGGCAAUGAAAGAUGGACUGUUGAAAUCUGGGACCACUCUUGAACUGCUUGAAGCUCAGGCUGCCUCAGGUUUUAUAGUUGAUCCUGUGAACAAUCUCUAUCUAACUGUUAGUGAAGCCUACAAUAGAAGACUGUUUGGGCCAGAGUUUAAAGAUAACCUGCUAGCGGCAGAAAGGGCUGUGACUGGUUACAGACUGCCUGGUACAGACAAGACUAUCUCUCUCUUUCAGGCCAUUGAGAAAGGUCUAGUGGAGAAAGGCCAUGGCAUUCGUCUACUAGAGGCCCAAAUUGCCAGUGGUGGUAUCAUUGAUCCAGAACACAGUCAUCGUAUUGAUGUGAAUGUAGCCUACAAAAGAGGCUACCUGGAUGACGGAAUGAUUAAGAUCCUCUCUGAUCAGAAUGCUGAUACUAAAGGUUUCUUUGACCCUAAUACGGAAGAAAACCUAACCUACACAGAGCUUAAGAACCGGUGUAUCCCAGAUAAGAAGACCGGCCUCAUGCUUUUGCCUAUAAUCGACAAGAAAAGUCAAGAGUCAACACAGAAGAACACUCUGAGGAAGAGGAGAGUAUUGAUCGUGGACCCAGACACCAAUAAAGAGAUGACAGUCCGAGAAGCAUAUGACAAAGGGCUUAUUGACUACGAGACCUUCUUGGAGCUGUCCGACCAAGAGUGUGAAUGGGAAGAGGUCACCAUUACUGCUCCAGAUGGUUCUGUAAAGUUUCUUAUUAAUGACAAGAAAACUGGAAGACAGUAUGACAUUACAGAACUGCUUGAAAAGCGAUUAAUUGAUGAAUCAGUUGUAGCUCAGUAUCGUGCACGAGCCAUCACCAUUAAUGAAUUCGCUGAUAUCAUCACCAGAAAGACCAAACAUAGCUCAUCGUUUGGACAACCAGCUGCCUUGGGCACAUCUUCAGUGAAAUCAUCAUCAUCAACAACUUCAAGAACACCUUUGGGAAUAUCUUCAGUAACAUCAUCAUCAACAACUACAAAAACAUCUUCAUCAUCAAAUUUAAGAACAUCAGAAGGCUCAGUUCCCUCUUUGUCGACAUCAUCCUCACGAUCAUCCUCACUGGUGUCAAGACCCUUAUCUCCCACUCUCGCUAAAAUGACCACAACAAAGACGACCACUGUCACAGAGAGAAGCGCCAGCAGUGUUUCGCAAGAUUCACCUGAUUUCCAUAAACACAUGUCCAGUGUAUCUUUCACUCUGUCCUCUCCUGUUGAAAUAGUGGGUGAACAAGAACCUAUUGGUGCCAUUUUUGACACAGACAACGUAGAGAAGAUAUCUGUCACAGAGGCGUUAAAUCGUGAUCUAGUGGAUUCCAUCACUACCCAGAGACUGCUUGAGGCCCAGGCGUGCACUGGAGGAAUUGUUGAUCCUGCAAGUGGCAGAAGGGUCAGCAUCCAAGAGGCAUGUCGUAUGGGCAUAAUAACUGAAGACAUGGCCACUAAACUUAAGGCUGCUCAAAAAGCCUAUAUUGGCUUUGAAGAUGUAAAAAUGAAGAGAAAAAUGUCAGUUCCUGAGGCAGUUAAGGAGAUGUGGCUGCCAUAUGAAGCAGGACAGAGAUUCAUGGAGUUCCAAGUUGUAACAGGAGGUCUGUAUGACCCAGAAAUGGGUGGUAGAAGAACCAUAGAAGAUGCCUUGAAAAUGGGUUGGCUGGAUGGGAGAGCAGGCCAGAAGCUCCAAGAUACGAAAUACCACACAAAGAACCUAACAUGCCCCAAAAGUAAACUUAAAAUCUCUUACAAAGAGGCUCUGGAUAACUGCCUGACAGAGGAAAGCACUGGCGUUAAAAUGCUCCAGGCGUCAUCUGUGUCUUCGAGAGGCAUCAGUAGUCCAUACAAUGUUGCCUCUGCCCCAGGAUCCACCACAGGCUCCCGGAGUGGCUCACGACGAAGCUCCCGCAGGAACAGUUUAGACUUAGGCUCUCCCAUAUCCUCAUCAGUCAGUCGCUACAGUAUUUCCAGCUUCAACUCCUUCCAAACCAAAAGCUAAAUUGAUAAAAGAAAAGCAGUUUGUGCUUUUCUUGCACACAAAUCAGAAUUUGUCAAAACUAUUUUUAGUGUUUUGGAAAAAAAGUUGUGGAAAAAAUUAGUGUUCUGUGUGAGGAGAAAAUUUAUAUUUAGCAGUCUGAAUUGUUAAAUGUUCGCAUAUUUUUAGAGUAAGCUUUGGUGUUGAUGUGCUUAAAAAUCUAUAGUUCAAAUUAUACAGAAAAACUGCAAGAUGUUUGUUUGUUUGUUUGUUUUUUAAUGGACAAAAGUAUUAAUGGUUUCUAAAAUAAGGUGUGUGGAUUAAUAAUAUAGUUCAUGUCAUUUAAUUUGUUUUUCAAAAAUUAAUGAAAAUAUCACUUUGUAUGCUUUGCAUUUGAAAAAUGAUAGAAUAGUGUUUACAGUUAUUUGACAUGUUGUGUGUUUGGUUUACAGGGAGGGAUUUAUAGUUGGGUUGCAUUGGCUUAACUGCUGUUUUUCAUCAUUUUCAUAAAGUCAUCUUUUAUUCAUUCAUUGGUUUCUUGCAUAGUAGUGCUUCCACUUUUGUAACGUUUUUUUUUUCCAGUAUCUUAAAAUAAAAACUUGAGUUUUUUGCUCA